AUGGUUCAUGCAAAUGCUGACAUUCCCACCGUUGCAAAAUUGCAUUAUCUUAUUCAAUCACUCGAAGGGGAUGCCAAGAAACCAUUUGAAUCGGUGGACAUCGAAGCCGACAACUACGCAGUUACAUGGGAUGCACUUCUAAAGAGGUACGAAAAUUCACGGUUCCUAAAGAAGCAGCUCUUUCGAGCAUUAUACGACUUACCAGCAGUCAAGCCGGGGUGUGCGAAACGCAUUCACACUUUGGUCGACGAUUAUCAACGUCAUGUUCGCGCCCUAUCUAAACUGGGUGAACCCGUGAAUCAUUGGGACACGCCGCUCAUUAAUCUGCUUUCGUACAAGCUGGACCAAGCAACGCUAAGAUCGUGGGAGGAGAAAACGAGUCUAAAGGAAAAUGUUAGGUACGAUGAACUGAUCGAGUUUAUAUAUCAACGGGUUCUUGUUAUCAAUUCCGUUGGUUCAGAUAGCCAUCAUUCAGCCUCAUUGAAGGUGGCCGGCAAUCAACAGAAGUACUUCAAGCAGAAAGUGUCUGCUAACACAGCAUCAACAUCAACUCCGAGUUACUCAUGUCCGCUUUCAUGUUCGGACAAUCAUUCGUUGCGUUCCUUUCCGAUAUUCCUGGGAAAGAACAUAAACCAGCGUCGAGAACUGGUUUCGCUGAAUCGGUUAUGUUGGAACUGUUUCAGUUUGGGUCACCAGUCCAAGAAAUGUAAUUCGAAAUUCACUUGUCGUACAUGCCACGAGAAGCAUCAUUCGCUCUUGCACGAUCCUACUCCAUUAAGGGUUUCAUCCAAAUCAGUCAACCAAAUAAAUUCAUCUGUGUCAUCUACUAUGUCAUCGAAUUCCGCUGUCCCUACAGCAUCUCUGGUUCAACAGCCGCUUCCUUCUACGUAA